AUGUAAAUAAACUUUUUGAUCUUUAUUAUUUAAUAUUUUGACAGUUCAUAUUCGUACGUCAAAAAACUUUUUUGAGGUUAAGUAAGAGUAAAAGUGACCUUUAAAAAUUAUUCCAAACGUUUCCCUGAUAUAAUUUUAAAAUGAAUUUACGAACAAUGCAAACAGGUUGAAUUUAAUAUGGAAAUUUGUGCAAAUUCAUCACCGAAAACGUCUUUAAAUGAAAGCGAAAUAGCCGUAGCCGGUGCAUUUGCUGGUGGUUUAACUCGUGCAUUAUGUCAACCGUUCGAUGUAUUAAAAAUUAGAUUUCAAUUACAAUCCGCGGGACGAAAAUACACUUCGAUAUCUCAAGCUUUAUAUAAUAUUACCAAAGAAGAGGGUGUCGCAGCUUUAUGGAAAGGACAUGUCCCAGCACAAACUUUAUCUAUUAGUUUUGGUCUACUACAAUUUUCAACAUGGGAAUACAUAAGUAAAAUUUGUAAAAACUAUGAAGAUAUUAUACUUGGAAAAGAAAUUGUAUCGUUUGGGGCUGGAGCAACAUCCGGAGUUGUUGCUACAGUAUGUACAUUUCCUUUUGAUGUAAUUCGCACACGAUUAGUAGCACAGACGCACACGGAUAAAACUUACGAAGGAUUUUUACACGCAAUACGCUUUAUUUAUAAACACGAAGGGAUUUCAACUUUUUAUAAAGGUUUGACUCCUACUCUAAUUCAAGCUGUACCUUAUGCUGGAUCUCAAUUUAUGUUUUAUCGAUUAUUUUCGGAAAUAUAUGAUAAAUGGUUUGAAAAAAUUGUUCCAGAUCAACAUGUCUUCCAGGAACAGUUAAAUAUUACAUUAAGUAAAUCGGUUGUAAGUGGUAGUUUGGCGGGAUUAUGUGCAAAAAUAGUUGUAUAUCCAUUAGAUUUAGCGAAAAAACGUAUGCAAAUACAGGGUAUGAGGGAAUGGAUAUUUAAAAAACAUAAAUUUGUUUGUCGCGGUCUUGUUAGUUGUAUAAUACAAACGACCAAAAAUGAAGGAUUUACUGGUCUUUAUAAAGGUUUAUUAGUUUCUAGUAUAAAAGCAUUUGUAGUAUCGGGUUUACAGUUUACAUUUUACGAUGUUACUUGUUUGUUAAUAAAUAUUUCAAAAACUGGAUUAUCUUACAAUUUUUUUUUAUUGCUAUAA